AUGGACGUUUCGCGAGGUGCUUCACAGCAGGCGCUCUCCCAGCAGGCCAUGGCCCAGAACAACCAGAAUGUCUUCAGCAGCGAUGCUACCCCCGAGGACCUCCAGUCCAACACCCCGAUCACCAUCCGCAGAAGGAUCCAUGUCAACAUCUCCGGCACGAUGGCUAACUUUAAGAAGCAGGGCGAGCUGGCGGCGACCUGGAAGCCCAGGGAGGGCAAGCAGGCGGCCGUCUUCGGCCUGUACGACGCCUUUGACAGCUCGCUCGACCACACCACCGCCGUCAACGCGCUCUCCAGCGCCAGGGUCAAGACCGCCAAGAUCCUCGAGUACUCGAGCACCUUCCCCGUCUCUCUGGGCGUUUCGGUCAGCUGCCUGAACCCCGACGAGGCGACGGAGACGGGCGAGCGCUACGUCAUGACCGCCCUCCCCAACACCAGCAACACCAACGCCCUCGUCAUCCACGAGGCCGACAACUCUUCCAGCGAGAGCCUGGAAUGGCGGCACAAGUACCCCGAGUACAACGAGAACAACCUCGAGACGGAGGGUGUCAUCAACCUCGAGAAGCGCCCCUACAUGUUCGUCAACAAGGACCACCCCGUCAUCGAGAUGCUCAGGUGCAACAAGGACGUACUCUCCGCUGACAUUGACGAGCAGCCCCUCGUCGACGGGCAGUACUACAAGCUCGCGACCCAGGUGAUGAAGACUAUGUGUAACUUACUCCGCACCAAGGUCCUAUCCAAGGUAUCCACCCGCGACUUGAACACCUUCCAGGUCCAGCUCCACCGCCUCAACGGCCGCGACUGGGACUCCAUCCGCAAGGAGGAGUUCGGGGAGAUGGUCGGAAGGAACGACCCCUCCUCCGUCGACGCCAUCACCGAGCUCCUCAACAAGCACUGCAACUUCACGGCGAGGGUGGAGCUUGAGUACGAGAUCCAGCCUUAG